UGAAACAUUUUAUUUUUGACACGAGAUUUUAUGUAGUGUUGUCGUGAGUCAAUGGGGAGGGAAUAAAACAAGAGAGAUAAAAAAAAGUAGAAAUAAUGUUGUUUCUAUUUUAGGAAACUGUUUCAUUUUUAAUGGGAUAAUUUAAAAAGGAAAACAUUUUAUUUUUAAAGAAAUAGUUCAAGAAAUAGUUCAAGAAAUAGUUAAAGAGAGAUCAUUUUUCAAAGAACAACAAAAAGAAUAAUGAAAUUUUGAAAAUUAUCUAAUUUAAUUGUAAAUAAAUCAAAAUUUCUUUCCAGACAAAACUACUACACCUAAUUUAAUCGGGCAGAACUUGUAUGGCAGCAGUUUUCACCCUACUUCUCCAUUGUAGUUUCCAUCUUCUCACUCUCUGUUCUUCCUCACACUCGGCAACCGAAGCUGCAUUUAUGCUGUAGACUCAGGAGACAUAAGAAUAAAUAUACAUGAUGCAUCACUUCAUGUCCAAGGCUUCGAGGAGGAUAUUGUAUUCGGUUGGAGCUCUAUAUGGAAAUGCCCCAUGUUCUUCCAUGGCCACAAAACAUUAUUUUAGUGUAGUACCAACUCUUCAAAGGAAUUUUGAGAGUAUGCAACCAACGCCCAGAAAUUUCUGGAACUGGGGAUCACUGGAGUUCUGCAGGAACUUGAGCUUUGCGACUGGGUUUGCACCUUUGAAGGCAAAGCCUUUGGAGACAAUCCUUGAUGUUGAAAGGGCUAAGAAGAAAUCACCUGAAGAACUCGCUGACAUUUGGGAUGAUUUUCAUUUGGGAAGGGGUCAUAUUGGUAUAUCAAUGAAAGCAAAAUUGUACCACCUGUUGGAACAAAGAGCGUCAGAUUGCCGAUAUUUUGUGAUUCCAGUGUGGAAAGGAAGUGGGUACACCACAAUGUUUGUGCAAGUAGAGAUGCCACACAUGCUUUUCACUGGUCUUGAAGAUUAUAAAGCAAGAGGAACCCAAGCUGCUCCAUACUUGACAGCGUUGUAUUACAAAGAAUUUGCAGAAAGCAAGGACUUGGUGCUUGUUCGUGGCGACAUUGUCUUCACUAGCAAGCUGAGUGAUGAAGAAGCAAAGUGGCUCAUGGAGGCUGCACAUUCGUUCUACCUGAAUGAUGUCAGGUAUAAACUGGUCGAGCGUUUCAACAAACAAACUCGCGAAUUUGAGUUCAAGGAUGUUUUGCAAGCCUUAGAGAUGCCGAUACUGUAGUCCAAUAGAAACAACCAUGCAUUUUUGUUAGCUAUGAGGACAGGAGGGGCAAUGCCAAUAUUGAAAGACCAAAUACUGCUUUGUUCUUAUAUUUCCAAUCUUUAUAUCAUUGUUUUUAUUUGUAAUUUAGAGGUCAGGAUUCAGACCAAAAAAUUGAUGAGUUAUUGUCUUAUUAGUGAGUAA